UACAGGACGCAGAUGGAGAGAUAGUUAGCAUGACUGUCAUGCUACUCAGCUUUAUUAUUUUGGACAAUGACACGCUGAUAGCCGGCCCCAUCACACUGCAGCUGGUUGAGGCGCUCCUGCCACUCUUUGACCACGUAAGGCUCGCUGCCCUCAGCCACGGCCACUGGGUGCUGCCCAGACACUUUGUGCCCUGUGGAUUUGCAGGCCUGCGCCAAGCUGAGCCCCGUGCAGCCAAUGCUGAGGUCUUUUUCUCUUCCUUUCAUACAGGACAAUAACCAGGUGCAGGUGCUCUCCAUACUCCUCUCCCGAACAUUGGUGACUCUUCCACAGAAAAAGGAAAAAAAGGCCCUGAAGACACCCCUGCGCCAGAGCCUGCUGCCACUCUUCUUCCACUGCCAUGAUGAGAAUCGGCUUGUGGCACAGGUUUCUCAGGAAACGCUGCUUUGUGUGGCCGAGUUCCUGAAGAGGAGGGAUCUUGAAAAACAGCUGAAGAACAAGAAGCUGUGGAAGUUCACCGAGUGCCUGCUGGCAGAGGACAGAAGCCGAGCGGCCGAGCACCUGCGCCGGGCCCUGCCGUACCUGCGGAACCCACAGGAGUCCCUGCGAGCGGCGGCCAUCAGGUUCACGGGUGAGCCACGAGCCCGGGCUCCCUCUCCGGCCUGCCGCAGCUUGGCCCCAGCCCCGCCCGCUGCCCCGGCAGCGCUGUCCGGGCCCGGCGCCCCAGAGCCCCGCCUGGGCUGGGCGCUGCUGCCGGCCUCUGGCAGCCGUGCCCUCGGGCGGCAGCCCCUUGAACACCUGGCAGAGGACAUCAGCAGUGCCGUGUCAGACGCGGCACUUCAAACAUUGGAUGUCCUCCGGGCACUACAGAGUAAGCGAUACUCUGUCUUCCAGAGGCUGCAGGAUCAGCUCUGCAGGGCACGGUGGACACGGCCUUGUCUGUCGGGGCUGGGCUGCCUGCGCUGCUGGAGCUCUGCAGAGAGCUGA